AUGCUCGUUAAUAAAUACAUAGCCGUUUCGACGUCCUCGGUCCUCCUCGUACCGUACGAAGCAUCUCAUGUCCCAGCUUACCACGAAUGGCUGAAGGAUGAGGAAAUACAAGAAACUACUGCUUCUGAGCCAUUAUCCCUCGAAGAAGAAUAUGCCAUGCAAGCAAGUUGGCGUUCUGAUCACGACAAAUUGACUUUCAUUGCCUGCAUUCCUUCAUCAGCAGCAUCUAUCAAGGCCGGCGGGUGCGACACUCCCGACCGUAUGAUUGGCGAUGUCAACUUGUUUCUUUCUCCAGCAGAUGAGGACGAGGAAGGAUGUAUUGGAGAGCUCGAGCUCAUGAUCGCGCCAAAGGAUGCUCGGAGACAAGGAUAUGGUCGUGGUACAAUUCUCACAUUCCUCCAAUUCAUUCAACUCCAUCUUGACGAAAUCAUGAACGAGUAUAAGACGAAGUUGGGGAUUGAGAAGAUGAAGCUGCUGCAGCUAAAAGUCAAAAUUGGCAGCAAGAACGAGAAAAGCAUCAAACUGUUCGAAGGCAUCGGCUUCAUUAAGGUUGAAGCAAGUCCUAACUACUUCGGAGAAUUCGAGUUGACUUUAGAGGGCUUUCUUAGCGAGGAAAGGACAAGAAACUUGAUGGAGCGGUACAAUAUCCAGGAUUACAAGGAAAUGGAAUAUCAGGCAUCCAUAGUCUGA